AGAUUUGGAGGACGACAUCAUUUCAUUGACCUGAACACACAAGUGUCUGAGCUGAUGGAGAAACUGGAGCAGAUGGUUGAGGAAAAUAGUGGUGUUUGUUUCUCCACAGAGACACUGAUGGAGGCACAGAUGGAGAAACUGCAGAAAUUUGAAGAAAUGAAGAGGAGAAUUCAAUCAUUAGAGACGUGGUUUCAGUCACAAGAUUCAAGAGUAAGAGAAGAUGAUCUGAGGAUUGUGCUGCUGGGAAAAACUGGAGCUGGGAAGAGUUCAACUGGAAACACCAUCUUAGGAAGAAACACAUUUAUUUCAGACAUUUCUCAAACAUCUGUUACUAAAGAGUGUCGUAGAGAGAAAGCUGAAAUCAGCAGCAGACACAUUACUGUGAUCGACACUCCAGGACUGUUUGAUACUGAACUCCGUAAUGAACAGAUCCAGAGAGAAAUGAGUAACUGCAUCUCUAUGAUCCUGCCUGGACCACAUGUGUUUCUCUUACUGAUUCCACUGGGACGAUUCACUCAAGAAGAACAAACAGCAGUGAAAAUCAUCCAAGAGACGUUUGGUGAAAACUCAUUAAUGUUCACUAUUGUGCUCUUCACCAGAGGAGACUUUCUGCAGAACAAAACCAUUGAACAGUAUCUGGGAAAACCUGGUUCACCUUUGAUAAACUUGAUGGAAACGUGUGGAAACAGAUUCCAUGUGUUCAAUAAUAAAGAGACUGGAGACCGAACACAGGUGACUGAUCUACUGGAGAAGAUAGACAACAUGGUGAAAGCAAACGGAGGGAGCUACUACUCAUGUAAGAUGUUCAGAGAGAUGGAAAGAGAAAUACAAGAACAACAGAUGAAGAUACUGAUGGAGAGAGUGGAGCAAGUGAACAGAGAAAAAGAAGAACUGGUGAACAAACAUGAAGAAGAGAAAAAGAGGAUGAAGAUGAAGAUGGAGGAAGAACGACAGAAUCAUGAGAUAGAGAGAAAGAGAAGAGAAGAAGAAUUUAGAGAGAGAGAAGAACGAAAUAAAAGAGACAUUAAAGACAUAGAGGAACAAGCGAGAAAGAUACGAGAGGAGCUGAAGAGAAAACGAGAGGAAUGGGAGAAACAGACACAAGAAGCAAGACAAAGAGAAGAAGAGGAGGAGAAAUGGAGAAAGAGAGAACAGGCAAUGUGGGAUGAAUAUAAUCAGAAUCUUAAACAAGAGAUAGAGAAAAUGAACAUGAAGAUGGAGGAAGAAAGAGAGAAUCAUGAUAAAGAGAGAAAAAGAAGAGGAAUUUAAGAGGAGAACAAUAUAAAAUAGACAUUAAAGAAUGAAGAAGAGAGAGAGCCCAGAUUUUAUAUGAAUUUUUAAAUUGUACUAAAAAAGAAUGGUUCCAAAAUAAAUGUCUUAUUUUGGAACAACUUUAAGCAUGUGAAGUGUUAUUUAAGAUAUGUUUAAAGCUAACUUCCAUAUAUUUUAAUAUACUGUGUUAUAGAUGCACUAUAUAAGAACAGCCAAAACAAUGU